UGCCCCUGCGGGAAGGAGAUACCGUCCUCCUGGUGGGAGGUCAGUUCCUUUACUGCAGUGUGCUGGGGAGGAAGGCGCCAUCCCAUAACCAUCGUUGGAGGUUUUGCAACCAGAUGAGUAAACCCUUCAGGGCUGAAGGCUGAGCAGCGCACAUGCAGGGCCAGGGCGCUGCUCACCCAUCAGCGCUUCCUGCACCUCGUCCUGGGCCUGGCCCUUUACCAGGCUUUGGGGAUGACUACUGACAGAGCUCAACAGGCCCAGGCAGCUGCUGCCUGAGCCACCCAUGGGUGUCCCAACCGCCUGGGGAGAGACGGCCACAUUCCAGGCUCCGGGCUGGCAGAGAGGCUUGGCAGCGAGUUCCGACAGGAGGGCGGCCCGCGCUUGGGCAGGCCAGCACCCCGGGAGGCCCCAGGCUGGGGAGAUGGAAGAACAGGUGUUCAAGGGGGACCCAGAUACCCCUCAUUCCAUCUCCUUCUCGGGCAGUGGAUUCCUCUCCUUCUACCAGGCCGGGGUGGUGGACGCCUUUCGGGACCUGGCUCCCCGGCUGCUGGAAACGGCCCAUCGCUUUGCUGGGACGUCGGCAGGUGCGGUGAUUGCAGCCUUGGCCGUCUGUGGGAUUGAAAUGGAUGAGUACCUCCGAGUCCUCAGUGUGGGUGUGGCCGAGGUGAAGAAAUCCUUCUUGGGGCCCUUGUCCCCGUCCUGUAAGGUGGUGCAGAUGAUGAGGCAGUUUCUGUACCGGGUCCUGCCUGAGGACUCCUACAAGGUCGCCACGGGGAAGCUCCACGUGAGCCUCACCCGGUUCACGGAUGGAGAGAGUGUUGUGGUUUCAGAAUAUACAUCCAAGGAAGAGCUCAUGGAGGCCCUGUACUGCAGCUGCUUUGUCCCUGUGUACUGUGGCCUCAUUCCUCCAACUUACCGCGGCGUGCGGUACAUCGACGGGGCCUUCUCGGGCAUGCAGCCCUGCUCCUUCUGGACGGACUCCAUCACCAUCUCCACCUUCAGUGGUCAGCAGGACAUCUGCCCGCGGGACUGCCCCGCCAACAUCUGUGACUUCCGCAUAUUCAAUUGCUCUUUCCAGUUCUCCCUGGAGAACAUUGCCAGGAUGAUCCAUGCCCUGUUCCCCCCAGACCUGGUGAUCCUGCACGAUUAUUACUACAGAGGGUACGAAGAUGCUGUUUCGUACUUGAGGCGGCUGAAUGCUGCUUACCUUAAUUCUCCUUCCAAGAGAGUGAUUUUCCCCUGGGUAGAAGUGUACUGCCAGAUAGAACUCGCCCUUGGCAAUGAGUGCCCUGAACACUGUCAACCAAGCCUCCAAACAGAGCGGGCCAGUCCAGAAGAAUCCAGACAACUUCACACACAAUGGGCUCCCAAAGGGGAAAGAAAAGGUGGCCGUGAUCCACCUCUGUCCCCACCUGUGCAGACACCUGAAUCCACAUGUGAGUGGCCUGUGGCGUCACCUGUUUCACCACCUGCAUCGCCACUGGCCUCAUCAACAUCACAUUCUCCAACUGACUUGCCACCUGUAUCACUCCCAGCUGUGCACUUCCUCCCCAGCUCAACACCUGGGCUGUCACCCGUAUCACCAUCACAGCAGGUACAACUGACUGGAUCACCACCCAGAUCCCCACCCCCCCAGUCAUCUAUGUCAUCCAGGACGUCCCUGGGGCCUUCCGCUGUGGGCACAUCUCCAACAUUGCCCCAGUGUUCUUCUUCAGCAUCACCUGCACAGCCACCUGUGGAGGAACUGGGCCCAGAACAGCCCCAAGGAAACUGUGAGCCGAGAGAGAAAACUUGAGCUGGAACGGGAAAGAACCUGACGGCCGCAAGGCCAAGGCUUCUCCCCGCUGCUCUCAGACGCCCUCCUCUCACCCCAGGCCUUUCGGGGACCUGCGUGCCGCCCACUACCAUGCCUGUUGGUGUAGAGGGUCCUGCUUCCCCCAGGCAAGAGCCUUUUUGUCUAAACAUCCUCCCAGCUUCCCUGCAGUCCUUCCACUACUCUGCUCUGGACAGAGAGAUGGACGUCAGCGCAGACGGGCACUGAAGAGCGAGCAGCACAGCCUCCUCCCAGCUGGCUGGGCUCUGGGCCUUCCUCCCAACCUAGCCUGAGUUCACACUUCUUCAAGAUCCUAGCCCCACAAGAUCUCAUCCACAGGGCAAAACUGUUGCCGGUCAGGCAGAGCUGAGCCAUGGACACACUUUCCUGUUUCCUGUGGUGUCAAGAGACCACAUCUUCUUCUGUUGCUUGUUUUUUGUUCACAAAGCGUGCAAAAGGCUUGACUUGGAACCAGUGGGCUCCACCUCAGCCACUCAUGGAAGUCCCCAGGUGGGGUUCAUCUGGCAUGCAGCCUUUACAAGCUCCCGAGGGAUUAUGUGGUGCAGCUGGUGGAGUGGGCAGCCCUGGCCUUCAUGAAGUCCUCCCAUGGUUGUAGAGGAAACGGGAAGCUUUAUGUCCCCUUCCCUCCCCUUUCCCAGCCCAAAUGAGGGCAGACUCUGUCGGCUCUUCACACCCAAGUGAAAAUGGUCCACAAGAAAGAUAUCUUUGGGACUUCCCUGGUGGCGCAGUGAUUAAGAAUCUGCCUGCCAAUGCAGGGGACUUGGGUUCAAGCCCUAGUCUGGGAAGAUCCCACAUGCCAUGGA